CCCGUAGAAAAUAGUAUUGCUAAGAAUACGCUACCCAGCAUAAACAAAUUAAACUAUACAAACCUUUCCCUGAGAGUUGAACGAUUUUGAUUAAGAAGAAUUAUGACGCCUCAUGGUGAAAGCCGAUAUUCUUAGGAAGUUACGAGGCCCAUGCUCCUCCCAGCAACCAGAGCAACAAUUAAUAUAGGUACAUGGAAUGUUCGGACCAUGUGCGACACCAGAAUGAACAAUCAAAUAGUUACGGAAAUCAAGAGAUACAACUUGAUGGUUCUCUGGAUCAGUGAAACGCAUUGGACCCAAACUGAACAGAAAAGAUUAACUUGCAGAGAGAUGCUGCUGUACUCUGGUCACGAAGAAAAAAUGCUCCGCACAAUCAGAGAGUUGCUCUGACGCUGUCCAAAGAAGCACGCAAAGCACUUGUAGGAUGGGUGUCUCUCAUGGACCCACGAUCAUCAAAGCACCCUUCAAAACAAACAAGUAAGGAAUCACACAGAAUGUUAUGCACCCACCAAUGAGAGCAACUACGACAAUAAAAUCAGUUCUAUGAGAGGCUACAAUCGAUCAUAGAGAAGUGAUCAGGAAAGGACCUGACCAUCAUGAUGGGAGACUGGAACGGCAAAUUUGGGAUGGACAACACCGAAUAUGAAGAUAUCACGAGACCAUAUGGACUGGGAGAGAGAGACGAGAAUUGUGACCGAUUUUUGCAAAUUUAUGUGCAUUCACACUACAGAGAACCAGACCGAUCAUAAAUGCUUAAAUGAAAGAUUCAGAAGGACAAUGGAAGACGUGAGGACCGGGAGACGAGCUAACAUAGCUUCACAUCACCACCUGAUUGUGGCUAAGACGAAACUGAAGCUAAAAAAAACACUGGGUAACUGAGGAAACAUCAUUAUAAAUGUUCGAUACAGCCCUACUUCAUGAUAUUAACAAACUCAACCAAUUCAAGAUAACUCUCAACAACAGGUUCCAAGUCUAACGAGAUCUACUCACAGAAGAAUAAACUAUUAUACAAGACGUUCGGAAAGGGAUCAAAGAAGCACUAUCUUCAACGUGUCAGGAAGUGCUGGGUGGCAACAAGCAUCAUCAUAAGGAACAGAUCUCUAUCGAAACCCUGUAUAAGAUUCAAUAAAGAAAGAACAAGAAGAUAGCGAUUAACAACAGUCGAACAAGAAUAGAUAAAGUCAGGGCACACGCCAAAUGCACAAAAACAAACAAGCAAGUGAAGAGGAGCAUUUGAGCUGACAAGCAGAAAUACGUAGAAGACCUAGCAACGACAGUGGAAAAAGCUGCAAGAGAAGGAAAUAUGAAACAACUAUGUGACACAACAAAGAGACUAGCAGGGAAAUACAGUAAACGAGAAAUACCGGUCGAGGAUAAACAAGGCAAGACAAUCACGGAGAUUCAAGAACAGAGGAACAGAUGGGUAGAGAACUUUGAGGAACUCUUGAAUAGACCAGCUUCAUUAAAUCCACCCGAUAUCGAAGCAACACACACAGACCUUCCUAUAGAUGUCACUCUACCAACGAUCGAGGAAGUCAGAAUGGCCAUCAGACAAAUCAACAAUGGGAAAGCAGUGGCACCUGACAACAUACCACCUGAAGCACUGAAGUACGCCUGAGAAAAUUGUCAGCAUCAUCCGGAAUUCUUACUAUGGACUACACUUCAAAACCAUACAUGGAGGCAAGUUAAUAAAUGCAUUCCAAGUGAAGACCAGUGUCAGACAAGGUCUGAUGCAUAUAUAGAGGCAAGAAUUGGCAAAGUAAGGGCAGCACUCCUACAGUUGAAGAACAUAUGGAACUCAAAACAAAUGUCAGCCAACACUAAAGUCAGAAUCUCCCAUACGAACGUCGAGACAGUUCUAGUGCACGGAGCCGAAGCUU